CAAGUUUCGAAGAAACACUCGAACAAAUAACAUGCAGCACGGACUUCUCGUCGUCAUCCUGCUGGCCUGCCUGGCGGCCAGCUCUAGCUCCACUGCCACUCCAACAUCCCUGAUGUCCGGCCACUCCCGGAUGUUGCAGCUAAUGAGCUUCACUUCCGAACUGCAGAGGGAUAACCCCACCCGUUCCAUGGCCUGCUUUCAGUACUAUAGCGAAGAGUUUGACAAACACCUCAAGCAAUUCGAGUACGAGUACGGCCUGUGCAAGGAACAGGCCAUCAAUCAGACCGCCGACCUCUACGCAAAGUACAAUCAGGUUGUCUAUAGCCUGGGAAACACAACGCUCGAAGUUUGUAAGGCGCUAACGGACUGCACCUACACAGCGAACGCUCUCGAGUCCCUGAACUGCUACUCCGCUCAGGGCUCCGAGAGUGUGAGGAAUGCAUACAAUCUUUCUUCAACCGCUUCGCUGUACUCCGCCGACCUGACGCUGGACCUCCAGCUGGUGACCUUCCGGGAAGAGGGCUGCUCCAACAGCUCGUCGCGUCGCUACGAGGCUCGCCUAGAUCAGUCCUACAUCGAUCUGCAGAACUGUUUCUCCGGUGCAAGCCCAGUGCCAGUCCCAACUACAACCACAACACCCCCUUCAACCUCGAUCAUAUCAACGACAGAAAAGACGAUGGCAGUAUUGCCUCCGACAAGAAUCAUAGAUUGGCAUCGAACUUCUAAAUAAACACAAUAAAUUCAUUUGGAUAAAGUCGCUU